AAGCUCAGCAUGAAUGCCAUAAAUACCAGUGUUUCCCUCAAUAUGUCGUUUGUGCGUCCUGAAUAUUUUUUCAUCACUGGACUCACAGGUAUCCCAUACAGUCGCUAUUUCUAUGUGUUUUUAUUUUGCACUUACAUCAUUGCUGUAAUUGGGAAUUCUGCAGUUCUUCUCCUCAUAGCUGCUGAACGGAGUCUGCACAGCCCAAAGUACAUUGGUGUGUUUAAUUUGGCUUUGGCUGACUUUGGUGAAACUAAUGCAUUGAUUCCUAACAUGAUGAAGACUUUUCUUUUUGAUUCACAGCACAUCUCUUAUAAUGCUUGUUUGGCAAACAUGUUUUUUGUAUUCUUCUUUACUACGAUGCAGUGCAGCACUCUUGUUGUUCUUUCAUACGAUCGCUUCAUUGCAAUUUGUUUACCACUCAGAUAUCAUACCAUUGUGACUAACACAGUCAUGUGUUUAAUUUUUUCGGCGAUAUGGACAUUUAAUGCUUUUAUGGUGGCCCUGAUUGUGUCUCUUAUCAGCCGCCUUUCAUUCUGUAAAUCUAAUGUAAUACAAAGUUUUUUUUGUGAUCAUGGACCCAUGUAUAAGAUGGCAUGUAAUGACAAUAGUAUUAAUUUUAUUUUAGCAAAACUUAACACGAGUUUAUACCUUAUAGUACCAUUGAUUCUUAUAGUGCUGUCAUAUAUAUGUAUUAUGUUUGCCUUAAGUAAAGUCACAACUUGGGAAGGACGUUUAAAAGCUCUGAAGACCUGUGUUACACACCUGCUGUUGGUGGCAUCUCUGUUUCUUCCAAUUUUAUGCAUUUAUCUUUUUGCUUCAACAACCACUCUCUCUCCCAAUGCCAGGGUCAUCAGCUCAUCAUUUUCGUAUGCUAUUCCACCAAUGAUAAAUCCCAUCAUUUAUGUUUUAAACACAGCUGAAAUUAAAGACUUUGUUCGAAAAAUGUUUAAAAACAGGUCUAGACCAAUUUGA